UGUUUCUAAAAAGCAUCGGUUAACGUGGAUUAUCAGGAACAGGAUCGUUGUACGCUUUAUUCGUAAAUCUGAUGCACACGUUCCCGUCCUCCCGUCAUCCUUAGGAAUAUACUGUAUCAUCUGAUACAAACCGUGAAAACAGAUUUCAGUGAUUUCUCUGAAAAGCGCGUUGAACUUGAACUUGAGUCGAGAGCUUUAUACGUAAACGCUGAUCGACCCUAAAAGAUGACAGGGCAACGUUUACGUUACGUGGUGGGAGGGGUGAUUGUUGUGUAUACGCUUGUAGCAGUCUGUACUGGACACGGUAGACUAGUAGAUCCUCCAUCACGCUCAAGUAUGUUCAGAUUUGAAUUCCCAACGCCAGCAAAUUACGAUGACAAUGGUUUGAACUGUGGAGGAUUCGGGCAUCAGUGGGACAGGAUGGGGGGCAGGUGUGGGCUAUGUGGAGACCCUUAUGACUCCUCACGUCCUAACGAAGCGGGUGGACGUUACGCGAAAGGAAUUAUCGUAAAAAACUACAGGAAAGGCCAAACAAUAAACGUCCGAGUGCAGAUCACGGCAAAUCAUAAAGGCUGGUUCGAAUUCCAUCUGUGCCCCAACAAUGAUCCCACCCAGCGUAUCACCCAGGAAUGUCUCGACAGUAACCUGCUCACCAUGACGAAUGGAGGGACGAGAUUCAAUUUAGGUACACGUAAGGGAAAUGUGAACAUUGCACUGAAGCUGCCGCAAGACCUGACGUGUAGCCAAUGCGUCUUACAGUGGAAGUGGAACGCUGGUAACAACUGGGGAACCGAAAACGGCCGGGGUUGCAUAGGAUGCGGGCGACAGGAACAGUUCUAUGGUUGUGCAGAUGUCUCUAUCGGAGACGGAGAACCUUCCACUCCAUGGCGCGACUCAAACCCUGAGCCUGAAACGGGCAACGAGGCGGUCCGCCCAAGAGUUCGACAAAAUGAUCGCGGUUCAAGGACAAGGUACAGAGGAACAGGACGCGGAGGAUCAACACAGACUCGAGGUCGUGUUGCCAAUCGUGCCGGGAGAGGAUGCCACGCAGUUGGAGUGUGGGCGACAAAAUCAGGGAUGAAUGCGUGGUGUGUUGCUAACUGUGCCGGAGGGUACUGUCCUCCUUCACACUGCACUUGUUCUUAAAUAAUGUAGGUGGUUCGACUGGAAAACGCUUCUUGUAUGAUAUAUCUAAUAUAACAACAGAAAUUACAAGAAAAUGGUUCUAGGUAAACCUAUAGCAGUCUUGAGGAAAACAUGGCCCCAAUGUUAUUAACGGCCAUAUGAGAUGACAAUCAAAAUCUGCAGGGAAUAACCAGUAAAGAUUCAGUUCAACAUAUGACAGUGACUCCACGAUUGGAUAAAAGCUUUAUAUUACAUGUAGUUUGUGUUAUUAUUUUGUGACUAUGCAUAAAUAAAGUUGAUAUAAGUUGGACUGAGCUUUGAAUGUUGAAAACGUAUUUUAACUAAAACUUUUGAUUCAAUAUGUUGCAAAAAUGUCUGCCCAUAUGUGUCAAACUGACAGUUCUGAUUUUGAAAGUAAAGGACCUUGUUCACAAAGAAAAUGCAAAGACACCAGUAAACUUGUAACAUAUUCAACAGAACUAUAAGAGGUAACAUUUGAAGAAAGUAACCAUAAAAAUAUAUUUACUAUAUUUCUCAAAAAUCUCACAACCCAUUUGAAAGAAAUAUAUAUAUUCUUGCAUAUCUGUACAAAUC